GAUGGAUGGAUCUAAUACUACUGACGCCUCUCAGUUAUACAAGCAAUAAAACAUAAAUAAUAAUGGCGGCGUAAAAACGUCUGCGAGCUACACUCCACUGCGAGGGAGUGUGUAGGUUUUCCGCAUCCAAUCCCACUCCGCCUCCCCCCGCUUCCGCUGUCUGCACGGUGGUCGACGGAACGGCUGUGGAAUAGCAAAAAUGGGAGUACAAAUUGAAACCAUUAAACCGGGAGAUGGACAGACAUUUCCGAAGAAGGGGCAGCGCGUCGUGGUGCACUAUGUCGGAACCCUGGCAGAUGGGAAAGUGUUUGACUCCUCAAGGAACCGAGGAAAGCCAUUCAAAUUCAAGAUAGGGCACCAGGAAGUUAUUCGUGGCUGGGACGAAGGAGUUGCCCAGAUGAGUGUAGGCCAGCGGGCCAAGCUGGUCUGCUCGCCUGACUAUGCCUACGGCAGCAAGGGGCACCCGGGCAUCAUCCCCCCAAAUGCCACUUUGACCUUCGAUGUGGAGCUACUUCGUCUAGAGGCCUGAAACGCUCACACUGCUUUGCUUAAUUCCACUGAACUUGCCAGGGUCAACUCCUAUCAUGGGAACAUGGAGGCAAAACGUACCAGAUGAUUCCUGCAUAGGACCUAUGUCUAUAGCUUCACUAAUUCACUCUCCUUCACAUUUCACACACAACUUGUUAUUUCACUUGCUUUAAGACUUUAUUUUAUAUUUGACUUUCUACUCAGUCAUAGGUCAUCCCAUACUAUGUGUUGUGACAUUGUAUUUUUAUGUUUGCUUUUUUUUAUUUGACCUCUACAAGUUGCAAAACAUGUCAGUUUUUAUAUAAGAACUGAAUCAGUCUCAUUCCUUGUGGCUCUGCAGCCUUCACACAAUAGUCCCGAUUGCGGAUAAUGCAUUUUCUUAAAAAAAUACAUUGUUUGACAAAGGUGGCUUCAAUGAAGGACUGGUUGUUAGACGACUUUAGACAAGGAUCCCUCAUAAUUUACAAUUCCUGAAUCAAGCACAUAUUCGCCAUGAGCUGCCUACAGGUCUCUGCAAAUGUUAAAUUUACUUUGUCUAUACGGCCGCGUUAAUUCUUUAUUUAUGAGAGUGAACUGACCUUCGCUCUGACACUCACAACUGGACAGUUGUCGUGAUGGUUGCUUGUAAAAAUGUGGGGAAAGUUUAUUGCAAACAGGUCUUUGGGGGGUGGGGGGACUGUUUGGGGCAAAAGCUUUUGACACUUGCAUGAAAACUUUCCCCCACAGGGAUUUUUAGGCACCUUGCAGUUUGUGGUAGCAUUUAUUUCAAGGAGUUGUGUGUUACAAGCUGUGGACGUUGCAUUUGGUUCCUUCACAAAAAAAAGAGUAAUUUUACCACAAUCUAUUUGCUUGACUGUUUUUAUUUUGCAGAUCCCCCAGAUUGUGUACCAUUUCAUUGGAUGAAAAGCACUUUCCAGAGCUGUGCAUACUACUUUUUUGCAGUUUCCUUGCUUUUAUAAGUAUAUUACAGAUUCAAGGUGCAAUCGUACAAUUUGUAGGUCAGUGUUUUUUGUUUUUUUUUCAACAAGUAGGGCUGGGCGAUAUAGACCACAACUCGUAUCCCGAUAUAUUUACGUUGAAUGUCGAUAUACGAUAUAUAUAUAUUCCAAUAUUUUUUCAGCACAGUGAGUUUGGACAAAAUCGAAGCCAAAUAUGUGUCAUGUUUUCUUAAAACGAAUGCUUAACAUGAGGAUGUUUUUAUUUUUUAUAUUUUAAAACGUCAUGCAAGAUGCCCAUGAAAAAAAUCUUUUUUUUUUUUUUU